CCUUUAAUGUAGACAAACCUCUUGAAAUGACGACUUAAAAAUCGUAUUUUCUAAUAUAGCUUACAGUUACGGGCAUGGGAGAGGAUGCUGCCUUUUCAGCCCGUACCUAGGCAUCACCUCGAGAUUGACAUGCCUUAUGCGAGGAGGUGGAUAGCGGGUUUUGACCGGGAUGUGGAUACGCACCACAGUAUUCUUCCAUUCCGGGACCAGCUUGAUCACAUGACGGACAAUGGGCUAUUUAUAUGGACGUCGUACGCUGCUAUAUUAGAUGGUUUGCCGGCCUUCUGUAGGGCAGGUCAGGGGGUUUGGAGGUCGCGGUGUCCAUUGAUACACCUGGACAUCGUAGAGGAGCACAUGCCCGAGCGUGUCUUACGACAGUUUGGGCAUACACAGAGUAUACCCCCUAACGUCCGUCAUGAGCUCCGACACUAUCAGCGGGACGAUCGAGCUGCCGUUGAUAAUGAUUUUCUGGCUUUCAUGGAUGUCCAGCUCCACCGUUGGGACAACAGGUUAGGCACUUUAGCGGUGGUUGGCCAUUUGACUCCCAUUGAGCAUUACAUGCGCUGGUAUCAUCUGAUCACACGCCGAUUGAUCGGUAACCCGCCUUUGCGUCCCCUGGAUGUAGGAUACUCGCACUCACGGGACUACGAGGCAUUGCUGGUGGCCGUACAACGUUUACGCAUCUUGGGGUUAGAGCAUAUGCCUUACCCUGGGCUUGCGGGGCUUGUGGCGGAGAUGGUACGGAUAUCGGAGGAUAGUAUCCGACAGUUGCGAGAUUAG